AGUUAAAGUGUUUGAAUCAGAUGGAUCAAAUAUGCAAAUUCUUAAGUGUCGAUCUCUGCGAUGUUUUGUUGGGUUUGUUCCAAUGCGAAAACGAGAAUAAAAAUAGCUCUGCAUCGAGUCAUGAUGUUGUGGAUGGUCUUAGCUAUGUUAUAAGGCACAACUAUCCGAAACGCUUGGUCACCUACGAUGCGGAGGAAAUUGGGGAGCCGCGACUCAUAAGGAUCUCUGAACUUACCGAAAGUGUCUUAAGUCUCAUUUUGCCAAACUGCAAAAAGAAUGAAACUAUGGAGGCAGAUGAGUGUGAGGUAGAUGAAGAUGAAUGCGCGGAGAAUGAAGCUAAAUGUCACGCAAGUGAGGUGAAGUUCAAGCCGGUUAAAAUUGAAAGCAAUUCGAGCAACGAAAAGCUGAAUAAAGAUAAAGAGAAGAACAGCAGAAUUGCUUGCAAUUUCUUGAAAUCAUUUUUUCCUGGCGAGAAUCUCAACGAAGAGCGUCUCAAACAAUUGGAACAUUGCAGUAAGAUCCUCCAUGAACGCUUCCUACAGUGUCAGGCUGAAGAAGGUAACGAAGUGUCCACCAUGGAGAGGAAAUGGGAAUCGCUCAAGCCAAUGCAGAAGUUUUGCUUUUAUUGGCAGGCGCUCACCGGACACAUAUUAUAUCCGACGCCCUUUGAGAACUUCAAGGAUAUAUUUAUCCGGCGAUAUCGAAGAAAGUGUCCACUUGGCAGUGAGAGGGAGCUGCGAGGUGUAGUGCGGCGUUGCUGGCGUUGCCUGAAAAGCGAGGAACGUGUACCCUUCAAUCUGAAUGCUUUGUUGUAUCAUGUCAGCACCGGCAAAGUCGAUCCCUUCGAUCAUUGUGCUGUGCGUAUGCUCUUAAAUCGAUGGCGAUGAUGACCUUGGUAUCGCCUGGCCAGGAAGCUCAAGGGGGAGGGUUGGGCAUUAAAGUGUCUGUCAAGCAGCCAGAGUAAAUUUGAUUUUGAUUUUAAUUU